UUGUACGGCAGCGGAGAUGAAGCGGAAGCAUCUUCUUCUAUUUCCAAGACCACAACCGAGGCAUCUCCUGAUCAAACGUCGAACAACGGCGAUGUGGCCAAAGAGCAAACCAAGCCAUCACCGGCAAAUGAACCUAGUACACUCGCAGGGCUAGAACCGCUGCAGUUGGUCAGCGUAAUCGGAUGCCGUCGUGGUCAGAGAGAAGACAUGCAGGAUGCACAUCUGCUGAUAGAUGAUUUGUCACUCGACUUACCAUUUGUGAGGCGGUGUGCUUUGUUCGCUAUAUUUGAUGGUCAUGCUGGCACCCGUGCGGCUAAGUACUGCGAGAACAACGUUCCUACAGUUCUGAAGAAAAAGUUGAGUUCGUAUAGUGAGUUAACUACAUUAGAAAAGCAGCUGAAGCGUGUUUUCACUGAGACAUUCAAAUCAAUCGAUGAAGGAAAACCGGUAUGGAAAGAUGGUACCACAGUCACAUGUGUUCUAUUAUUGAACGAUUCCCUAUACGUUGCAAAUUUGGGAGACAGUAAGGCGAUUGUAUGUCGCAGUAAGGAAGGUGGGUUUUCUCACAUAGAGCUCACGGUGAAUCACAACCCAACCAUGUAUGAGGAGAGAAUGCGCAUACAAAAGGCGGGUGGUACAGUCAGAGAUGGACGUGUCAAUGGAAUAAUUGAAGUGUCGAGAUCGAUUGGUGAUGGACAGUUCAAAACCCAUGGAGUGACUUGUAUACCCGAUAUGAAGAAACUUACCAUCACAGAGAGAGAC